AUGGUACUGCCGGAGUCACAGCGCGUUUCCCCUUUUUUGCAGGUACCUUGGUCAGUUGAUUGCAUGGUCCGACACCGUUACAAACCUGACCAUUAACCACGAGAGUAACUGAUUUAGUCGUCCCUCUGCGCUGGCUACCGGGUUGGGCGAAGAGUGAUGCAUUAUAAAGAUUUAUAGAGACUCCAAUACGAGCAAAUCUUUCAUUCAGCUACGAGAAAAAGAAAUGUUUAAAAGCGGC